UACCUCGUUCGCAGAUCACAAGUGAUUGAACGAAAGGGGCUCAUCAGGAAUCAGCUUUGCAACUUCCACUGAACAAUACGCGCUGAACACGAGUUCUCAGCAAACAUUGAACACCCACUACAACCUGUGGUCUACUUGGACGCCGAAAAUGUCUCGACAACUCACAAGAACUUACUUCCUCUCUAUCACACUUCGACCUACCAACGACAAGCCCACCCAGAAGCAAAAUGACUUCAGCCUUGAAGGAAGUCACCGACGCGGGAAACUCGGGAAAUCCCACCAAGACAAACCAAAUCAACGACAAGACCCAGGAUAACAAGCCAGAUGGCCGAAGCGCGAUCACAGGACCCGCUCCUGUGCUUCAUCCAGAUGUCACUAGACAGCAGCUCAUGCACAUGAUUGAAGCCGUGGAGUCACGACCCGAAUGGAGCGCCACAGGCCAGGACAUUGACAUGGAAGCCAGCUUUAUGACGGACUCUGCCAUCGCCGAAGCCGAGCGCUCGACCAGCGAAGACGAAAAAGAUGGCUCGAGUGCAGAGGCUUCUCCUUCUGGCUCGGCGGCGAAGUCCACUGGAAAAAGUUCCGACGAUAGCUGGGACAAGUCAUCAUCUGAUGAUGAGUCCAAUGCUGAUGAAGGACACAGCGGAACGGAGGGCGCGGGCUGGGUCAAGAUCUAUAAGUUAGAGUCGGAGACUUUCCGAGGAGUGCAGAUCGUGGCUGAGGAGAGCGGACGCGAGUAG